GGACUACAUAGUGGCACUGGCGGCCAGGGGGCAGCCUGGGCGGGGCCAGGGGGGGCUGCCGCAGCAGCAGGCGGGUGGCGAGCUGCCGGCUCCCGACCCCUGCCUGCCCCGCGGCGAGCUGGACCGCGCGGCUCUGCGGUUGCUGGGCGACUGGCGGGGCGGCGCGCUGGGGGCGUUUGCGCUGGAGCGGCCGGCGGACCUGGGGCGCAGGGAGCGGCGGGAGGAGAGGCUGCAGCAGCACCAGCGGCAGCAAGAGGCGGCGCUCGCCGACCCCAGCAGCCCUGCAGCAGCCGGGGCAGCAGGGACAGGCGGCACGCAGGCUGUUGUGCCGGGCUCCUGGGGUGGGGCUGCUGCUGCCGGUGCUGGAGGCGCUGCUGGGGGGGCCGCGGGGGAUGGCGG